AACAAUUAAGUAAUGCAAGGAAAACGUAUUCAGCCAAUUGAUAGGAUAAAGGAAAGCAAAUUACUUCUACGAGACAUAGGAAUCAUUUGUUGUUGAUUUUAGAAUUCCCCCCUUUUGAUCUAAAAGAUGGUAAUGACAGGAUAUGUUUUGGUUCUAUGAGUUUUCUGUUUUUAUUAUAUAAUAAAAUAAAAUACAACGAAAGCACUGUACUGCUCUAGCCUAGAAAGACAUAUGUUCUCGAAUUUAUGUAUAGUUGUACAUAUAUAUGCCUUAACGGUGAAAAAAAUUUUAAUAUUCGGCAAGCUGAUGUUGAAGAAUUACAAUCGUAUUACGCUUUCUUUUUAAAAUUUUAAUAUGUAAGUAGAUUUGGGGGUAAAAAUUCUACCUAGAUUUUCUUGGUCGUUUGAGGACUUUUUGUGAAGUACUCAUACUGAACACUUGAUUUCGUAUCGCAAGUGCUAUCCUAAUUAAAUGCACGAAACCAAAUUAAAAACAGGUAGGUUUUUGCUGAAGUCUCCAGUUGAAGAGGAUGAUUUUGAUGAAAUUACAGAAAUAAAAUCGGACCCGAAGGUCUAUCUCACCCAGCUAUAUGGAAAAAUCACCAGCCGGGAGUAUUGCAGGUUCAUGUUUCAGCACUAUAUUACAGAUGCCAAGAUCUCUCCGGUACGUCGAAAACGAUGGGUUUUCGGUAUUUAUCCAAUCGAAACAUCUUCUGAGUUUCCAAAACAAAAGUAUAUAGGGAACGUUGGAAUAUCAAAGAACAGCCUUUCUUCUGAAACAGCUCAUCUUUUUUUUGAGGUAAGUCCUAAUUAUUGGGGCCUUGGUGUUGCUACAGAGUGUAUAUCCAAAGUUAAAGAAUUUGCCUUUGAACAAGGUAUAAAAAGGAUUGUGGCAGAUCCUAUACAUGGAAAUGAAGCCAGUAAAAAGGUUCUUACUAAACUUGGGUUCCAUGAUACUGGUCGCUCUGUUCCUGCUUAUACGGGCUCCUUGAAGCAUGUCUAUGUAUUCCCAAAGCCAAAAGCGGCAGAGAAAUUCAAUAAAUAAGAGACCACUUACAUUGGACACGACUAUAAAGUUUUUCUUGAAGCUCACGAUUACUUAAAUUUCAUUUUCGAAGGCUACAAGGGUUGUUUCUAGCAAUUUGUACGCAUUUUCAUAUCAACCACGAUAGCAGAUUGCAAUCAAGAAAUUAUUACUAUUAAUUUACUAUUAAUAAAAGUUUUUGGGAAACGAAUCAUAUAUUAUAGAA